AGCACAGUGGGCCUUGUUGGUGAUCUAUGGCCACUUAUCAAUUCCUGCCAUAAACUUAACUGAUGGCUAUAACGUUAAGAGCUGUAUACCUCAGUCACCAUGGGUAUCCUCGGGUUCACCAGCUUCAUAGAGGACAACCCACAUCUGUUCACUGACUGUCGGCUGUGCAACACCCGUGUCAUCAUCGAUGGAAACAACCUCUGUUAUCGACUGUAUUUCGAUAACAAUUUGGACGUCAAGCACGGCGGGGAGUAUGGGCAGUUUGCGGACUUGAUCAGACUGUUCUUCAACAACCUGCGCGCUUGCCAUGUGGAGCCGUAUGUGAUAUAUGAUGGGGCCUACGAAAGCAACGACCACAAGUUUGCCACAACGUUGGAUAGGAGCAAGAGACGUAUUCUUUUGUCAGAGACAAUAGCCCUAGAUGGACCAGGAAACCUGUUACCAGCCCUGGCCUCGGCUACCUUUAAGCAGGUGGUGUCCAGCCUAGGGGUGAGGUGUGCGCAGUGUGACUAUGAGGCUGAUCGGGAGUUGGUGAUGCUGGCCAACAGCUGGAACUGUCCUGUCAUCAGUGUGGACAGUGACUUCUUCAUUUUUAACAUCAGGGCAGGAUACAUCCCACUGAACCACCUGUACUGGAGGUCUGUGUGCAAGAGGAAUACUAGUGACCAGGAGGGUCCCUACCUCAACGCUCAGGUCUACACUGUGGAUAACUUCUGCAGUUCCUUUGAUGGUCUACAGGUGGAGAUGCUACCCCUUCUGGGUACACUGAUGGGCAAUGACUACCUCCCUGUGACCCUGUGCCAACCAUUCUACAGUCAAAUCAAGCUGCCUAAGGGAAAUAAUGUCUUCUUUUCAAAGAGGUAUGCCCGAGCAUACGGUCUCAUUUCGUGGCUUCAGGAGAGGGAGAGUCUUGAAGAUGCCUUACAGAGAGUCUUGAGCGUCUUUAGGAAAUCUGAGCGUGAGGACUACAAGAUGAUGAUUCAGUCAUCCAUGGUGGUGUACACAUUUUUCAAGUCCUAUCUGGUGGAUUAUUUCUCCUCAGGAAAUCUGUUGUGCAGGCUCCUGACUCACGAUGGGUACCCCCUCCCGGAGUGGGUGCUACAGAACAUACGUCAGGGAGCCAUGCCUACCAUGUGCCUCAACGCACUGGCCAACCAUAGAGUCUUCUUACACACCCAGAUCGAGGACUUAACACAACCAAGUGCCAAUACCUGCUCUCUUCCAAUCAGGGUAGCAAUAUACAACAUACUACUGAGCCAUGACGAGAGCCAAGUACUGCAAGAAAUUCCCAAGUCUCCUAAGAAGUCUUCUAGGCACACUAAGGAGUUCUAUGUCCAGGAAUAUGACCGAAUUGGGAAGGACUUAAAGAAGACAUUUUUAAGGCCGGAAUAUGAGUCUACCACGUAUGGCUGUUUGCCAAACUUGGCUGUGGUUCCAACAUUGUGCGAGGAAGAUCGGAAGACCGUACUGUUAGAUGUGCUGGGUGUGAAGGUGGAAGACGUGUCACAAAGUCCACCACAUCUGCAGUUUACCACAGCUGUGGUGUGUUACUGGAUCCAACACGCACAUCCUAAGGUUUCCUUCAUACACCUGUACUGUGUCCUACUGUGUUUCAUUAGACAUGAUAUCUUAGCCUGUCAGGACCCUCUGCCAGCUGACAUACUCCCUGAACCAACCGUCCCUAUCUCACAGCAAGGCAAGAAGGGGAAACACACCUGGACUGUCCCUAAAAGCUGGCUGCCAAAGACGGUGUCUGCUUUCUUUGACAAGUUCCAGAAGCGGUCCAAGACCAGGGCGUUUGACAUGGAAGGAGUUCAUGGCUUUGCCCAAUUCCAAAGCUGUAUGCAAUAUGCAAUAUACCUCAACAAGGUGCUGUGCGAGCCCUUCCCGCAGCCUGACUUGCCUGGCCUCUUCAGUGGGAUCUUUUCACAUGAGUUAUACAAAGAGAUGAAGAACAAGGCAGAUGUACUGAGCUGGCUCAUGUCAGCAUUGGGGAAAACUUCACAGGUGGCAGAAGAUUUCUACAGGUUAGUGACUGUUGUACGGCAGAUCGUGCCAGAGGAGAGCUUUGCCACCAAACAACUGUCCAAGACAGCAAGGAAGAAACAGAAGAGAAGGGAAAACUCUGCAGCAUCGUCCUCGGGAUAUGGGGAAGGGUCCAGCUCAUCUUCAAGUGUAGACGCUGAAGACUUGAAGGAACCCGAGGCUCCUGUGGAUGUGGUGGCGUCUUGUUCACUUGAGAACAAGUUUGCAGGGUUGAUGAGCCUGGACUGUGAUAACUAAGUGUCCGAAGUUAUUCCAUUCUUCUAUGCAGAGCCUUGCCCACAGCACAAGCCUACACCAAUUCCUUUGGAAGGCUAUUCUGAACCAGGCUGAGGUUUCUGCUUUUUUGGGUCAGCUGUCAGCCAAUCAGAGGAGUGUC